AUGUCGAGUUCUGACGAAAAUUCAGUUUCAUACAUGAGUAAGUAUACAAUAGAUGCCGAAAUGUUAAACACUUUCGUUACUUUAAUCGAAGAUGAAGAAGCAGAAGCAGAGAGCUCGAGAAUGGCAAUCAGACCAAAAAUACUAAGAAGAACAAUAACCAGAAACCAUGUGGAAGCCUCCACAUGUUUAUACAAUCAUUACUUUGCCCCGCAACCCGUUUACCUUGCCGAUUAUUUUAGAAGGAGUUUUCGAAUGCCGAACGAAAUGUUUCUUCGUAUAGUGAACGAGAUAUAUCACUUUGACGUCGUACAACCAUUACCAAAACACUUUGCAUUCUUCCACAACGCUCUAACCGACGCUUUGAGUCGCCCGGCGUUAAAUAUUUUUCAAAAAUGUACUUCCGCUAUACGCCAGCUGGCUUAUGCUUCUACUGUCGACCAGUUAGAUGAAUACCUCGAAAUGGGUUCUCAAACGUCUGCCGAUUCGUUGAAGUACUUCUGCAAAUGUGUUGUUCAAUUAUAUCACACAGAGUUUUUCAGAAAAUCGACACAAGAAGAUGUUAACCGCGUGACCGCUAAACAUGAGGCAGUGCACGGUUUUCCGGGUAUGCUUGGAAGCGUUGAUUGUAUGCAUUGGGCUUGGAGAAACUGCCCAACGGCAUGGCAAUGCCAAUACACUUGUGGUGACAAAGGACAUCCGACGAUUAUGCUUGAAGCGGUUGCAUCAUAUGAUUUGUGGAUUGGCAUGCUUGCUUUGGACCCGCCGUUUACAAAGGGUUAUUAUCUAGCUGAUGGUAUUUAUCCAGAAUGGGCUACACUUGUCAAGUCUUUCAAGUGUCCCAUGGACCCUAAGACUUCUAAAUUCAAACGCUUCCAAGAGUCUGCAAGAAAAGACGUGGAGCGUGCUUUUAGGGUACUUCAAGGCCGAUGGAGAAUCCUUCAACAAGGUGCGCGUCCAUUAAUUAUUAACAAAAUUAAACGCAUCAUGUACUCUUGUGUGUUGUUGCACAACAUGGUCGUUGAAUAUAACGGGCGUGCAAUCAGUCCUUUGGAUUUGGAGCUAAUUCCCGAUACCCCGCCAACGCGUUCUUGGGACGAACGUGUUGACAUUCAGUUACGUAUGACAGGGGAGUUAUGUGAUAGGGCAACACACAACCGUCUAAGAGGUGCCCUAGUCGAGCACAUUUGGAACUUGCCGGAAAACCAACGUGAACGUUGA